AUGACUCUUAGAAACUCUCAGAGCGUUGUUAGAGUUCAAACAAAUGUAUCAGAGCCCUUCAGAACCAAUGACGGCUUAAGACAAGGGAAUGCGCUCUCAUGCCUACUGUUCCACAUCGCUCUCGACAAAUGUAUUCGCGACUCAAAGAUCGAGACCAAAGGCACUUUCUAUCACAAAUCUGUUCAAAUUCUAGGGUAUGCGGAUGACCUCGACGUGAUAGGAAGAUCUUUACCUGAAAUGGAGAGUGCAUACCUUGCUCUUGAAAAAUCAGCUGCGGGAGCUGGUCUCCAAGUUAACAUGGCUAAGACUAAGUACCUGAAAGCGUCAAAAGACCAGCAAACUCUAGUACAAGGAGUUAAUAUUGGCAACAACACCUUCGCUAGCGUCAAUGAUUUCGUAUACCUGGGAUCCUUAGUAACCGAUAACGACGAUGUGUCUUCAGAAAUAAGUAGGAGAAUAAUGGCGGCUAACAAUUGCUACUUCAAACUACUAAGAUACUUACGUUCGAAACUUCUUUCAAAAAGCAUAAAACUUCUUUCGUACAAAACCUUACUAAGACCUAUACUCACCUACGAUUCCGAAUGUUGGGUGCUGAGCAAAAAAGACGAAAACUCCUUGUUGAUAUUUGAGCGGAAAAUACUAAGACGCAUUUUCGGAGCUGUGAUGGAAAAUGAGAGAUGGCGAACGCAUUAUAACCACGAGCUAUACCAAAUGUAUGAUGAGCCAAACGUAAUUAAGUCUAUAAAGAUCGGACGCCUGCGUUGGGCAGGGCACGUGUUGCGAAUGGACGAGGCCAGAGUACCCAAACGCCUUUUAGAAGGCCGACCAAAGGGACGCAGAAGUCGAGGCAGGCUCAAGCUCAGAUGGUUGGACGGCGUCGAACAAGAUAUCAAGAUAUUGGGAAUAACAAGUUGGAGAAGGAAAGCCUCUAACAGAUCAGACUGGACAGCUUUGCUGGACCAAGCUAAGGCCCACCCGCGGCUGUAA